UGGACGGCGCGAAAACCCAAUUGACAAGAAUUCCCUCCGAAGCUCUGUGGUCCGAUCUGCGUUCCGCUUGCUUUCCCCUUCCCGGCCUGGGUCCCGAGCGCUCAUCCUGGAGCGCUGGUUUUCAGUGCACCCUGCAUGCACUGGCCGUGCCUCAGGGAUCUCGCAGCCCGCGCUUUCUCGCCGCCUUUUUCCGUGUUUGACUCGGCUGAUCUGGGCCCAUCCUUCUCGCCGGCUCUCUGUCGGUGGGCGCGGGGGAAUCCGAGACGGCUCAGCAGAAUCCCAGCAACUCGCUCCUACUGGAGCGGGCCGCCUCCAUGGCCUCUAGGCAGGCCGGGUUGGACCGCGUAAGGUCCUAGGAGCCGGGAUUCCGGGGGGCGGGGAGUAUGGUGGGGGUCCUGGCCAUGGCGGCUGCAGCUGCUCCCCCUCCCGUGAAGGACUACGAGAUUGAGCCAUGCAAAAAACGAAGGAAAGAUAAUGACAGAUCUUCCUGCAAAACUAUUACAAAAUAUUUAUCACCACUAGGGAAGACUGGAGACAGGCUUUUUGCUCCACCAAAACCUAGUAAUAUUCUGGAUUAUUUUAGAAAGACCUCGCCCACAAAUGAGAAGACACAAUUAGGGAAAGAGUGCAAGAUAAAGUCAUCUGAAUCAUUACCUGUUGACAGCAGUAAAGAUUGUAAGACACCUUUGGAAAUGUUCUCAAAUGUAGAGUUUAAGAAGAAAAGAAAGAGGGUUAAUUUAGCUCAUCAACUAAAUAAUACUAAAACUGAAAAUGAAGCUCCAAUUGAAAUUAGUAGUGAUGAUAGCAAAGAUGACUGUAGUUUAAAUAAUGAUCUUGUGGAAAGUAGUACUUCUGUUUUACAUUACAAGAAACAAGUAGAGGUACUUGGAGAAAACAUUCAAGAUAUAAAAAGUCAGCCAAAUACUGUGAGUUCCCUGCAAAAUUCUAAAAAAGUAAAUCUUAAACAAGGGACCACAAAAAAUGACUUCAAAAAGUUGAGAAAAAGGAAGUGCAGAGAUGUAGUAGAUCUAUCUGAAAGCUUACCCUUGGCAGAGGAACUAAAUUGGCUUAAAAAAGAUGGUAAAGAUAGUAAACAGAUGGAGAAUACUACAAGUCAUGCAAACUCUAGAGAUCAUGUAACUGAAGCAGCCCAGUUGAAUGAUAGUACAAUAACUGUCUCAUAUGAGGAAUUUUUAAAAAGUCACAAGGAAAAUCAAGUGGAAGAGAUACCAGACUCUGCAGUGUCAAUUUGUGUUCCUUCUGAAACUCUUGAAGAAAUAGUAAGAAGUGGUUAUACAAGUGAAUCAGAAAACUCUGAAAUUUCCCAGCAGGUACGCUUUAAGACAGUUACUGUUCUUGCGCAGGUUCACCCUAUUCCCCCCAAAAAGAUAGGGAAAAUACCCCCAAUUUUCUUGAAACAAAAGCAAUUUGAAAUGGAAAAUAGUUUAUCUGAUCCUGAGAAUGAACAGACAGUUCAGAAAAGAAAAUCUAAUGUUGUUAUACAGGAGGAAGAAUUAGAAUUGGCUGUGUUGGAAGCUGGAAGUUCUGAAGCUGUGAAACCAAAAUGCACUCUAGAAGAAAGACAGCAAUUUAUGAAAGCAUUUAGGCAGCCGGCAUCAGAUGCACUUAAAAAUGGAGUUAAAAAGUCUUCUGAUAAGCAGAAAGACUUUAAUGAAAAAUCUCUACGUGAAGAAGGAAGAGAUGACAAUUCUAAAAAAAUCAUGGAAAAUUCUAGUAUCCAAAUGGUUUCAAAAAAUGGCAAUUCACAGUCACACACUGAUAAAGGAAGUUUUCCAAAGGAGAAAAGUAAAAAGCUAAAGAAGAAGAAUAACAAAACAUUAGAUACUGGGGCUAUUCCAGGUGAAAACAUAGAGGGAGACACUCAAAAGAAAGAAACAAGCGUUUUCUUAAAAGAGAAACAGUAUCAAAAUAGAAUGAGUUUAAGACAAAAGAAAACAGAAUUUUUCAAAAGCAGCACUUUAUUUGACAAUGAAAGUCUUGUUAGUGAAGAUAUAGCAAAUGAUGACCUUCUGAAGGUUUCUUUCCUGUGUAACAAUAAUAAAUCGUCAAGAAAAACCAGCAUACCAGUUAAAGAUAUUAAGGUUACACGUUCUAAGGCUGAAUCUGAAGACAGCUUGCUAAAUGUUUCCACACCCAAGUCAACCAGAAGAUCUGGAAGAAUUAACAGUACACCUACUACAGAAACCAUCAGAGGUAUUGAUUCUGAAGAUGUACAAGAUAGUAGUCCAAUAAAGGCUUCUACUCCCAAAGCAGCCAACUUAUUGGAGAAGCAUAGCUUAUACACAGCGGAAUUAAUAACAGUACCCUUUGAUUCAGAGAGCCCUAUUAGAAUGAAAUUCACCAGAAUUAGUACUCCCAAAAAAUCCAAGAAAAAAUCUAACAAAAGAUCUGAGAAAUCUGAAGCAACUGAUGGAGAUUUUAUUUCUCAGACUAGAAAGGCAAGCAAUGCUUCCAAAAACAUAUCAAAAGCAAAACAAUUGAUUGAAAAAGCAAAAGCUUUACACAUCAGUAGGUCAAAAGUGACUGAAGAAAUAGUGAUUCCCUUAAGGCGCUCCUCUAGACAUCAGAUACUUUCUGAAAGGAAGAAAUUGUCCGAAACAGAAGUAAGUAUUACAAAUAUCUGUUGGUAUAAAUUCUCUCCUAUUUUGCUGUUUGGAGUGGGAGAAGAAAACUAUUACAAAGUUAUAAGCCAAAAAGAUGUUUUGAAAGUAGCUGAAGGUGGAGAUGGAAAAAUGAAAGUCGCUCCUUUAUUUCUUGCAAGAAAAGCACAAAAAGCAGCCGAUCCUGUCCCUAGUUUUGAUGAAAGCAGAUUAAUAAGCACAUGCAUUUCUUUAAUUCUCAAAGUAGAACUAGAGCCAGAUGUCAACCAUAAAGAAACCAAAAGGAAACGAGUAGAAGCAGAAAAUUCUAAGUCAAAAAGAAAGAAACCAAAUGAGUAUUCAGAAAAUCUGGAAAAGACCAAUAGGAAGUCAGAAGAACUUGGCAAAAGAAAGAACUCUUCUGGGAUAAAGCGAGAUUAUUCCAAAGAUUCUGGAACUGAAGACAUGCUUUGGACAGAAAAGUAUCAACCUCAGACUGCAAGUGAACUCAUAGGAAAUGAGUUAGCUAUAAAAAAGUUACAUAGUUGGUUGAAAGACUGGAAAAGAAGAGCUGAAUUGGAAGAAAGACAAAAUCUGAAGGGAAAAAGAGAUGAGAAACAGGAAGAUGUCUUGGACAGCAUAGACUUCAAAGGCAGUUCAGAUGAUGAAGAGAGCUGUCUUUGCAAUACUGUCCUUAUAUCAGGGCCAACAGGAGUGGGAAAAACUGCUGCAGUGUAUGCUUGCGCCCAGGAGCUUGGGUUUAAGAUAUUUGAAGUCAAUGCCUCUUCCCAGCGCAGUGGUAGACAAAUUCUAUCUCAAUUGAAGGAAGCUACUCAGUCCCAUCAAGUAGACAAACAAGGUGUAAACUCACAAAAACCCUGUUUUUUUAAUAGCUACAACAUAGGCAAGUCACCAAAAAAAAUAAGCUCGCCUAAGAAAGUUGUUACAUCACCGAGAAAAGUUCCUCCACCAUCACCAAAAAGUAGCGGACCAAAGCGAGCACUUCCUCCUAAAACCUUGGCAAAUUAUUUUAAGGUAUCUUCCAAACGUAAAAAUAAUGAAGAAAUAGGAAUGCCUCUGGAAAAUAAUAAAGGAAUAAAAAAUUUUUUUGAACAGAAACAGAUUACUCAGACUAAAUCUACAAAUGCAACUAAUUCAAAUGUCAAAGAUGUUGGAGCUGAAGAACCCAACAGAAAAAAUGCAACAUCUCUUAUUCUUUUUGAGGAGGUUGAUGUAAUCUUUGAUGAAGAUGCUGGGUUUUUGAAUGCAAUCAAAACAUUCAUGGCAACAACUAAACGACCUGUAAUCCUUACUACAAGUGAUCCAACAUUUAGUUUAAUGUUUGAUGGCUGCUUUGAAGAAAUCAAGUUCAAUACUCCUUCCCUGCUAAAUGUUGCCAGCUACCUACAAAUGAUUUGCUUAACUGAGAAUUUUAGAACUGAUGUAAAAGACUUUGUAACCUUGUUAGCUGCAAAUAAUUGCGAUAUCAGAAAAAGUAUCCUUUACUUACAUUACUGGAUUAGAAGUGGAGGCGGAUUUUUAGAAGAAAGACCAUUAACCCUUUAUCGAGGAAAUAGCAGAAAUGUACAACUAGUUUGCUCUGAAGAUGGCCUUGAUAACAAAAUUCACCCUAAAAAUACUAAAAGGAAACGUGCAGACCUUCCGAAAUGUGACAGUGGCUGUGCUGAGACCUUGUUUGGCCUUAGGAACAUUUUUUCCCCAUCUGAAGACUUGUUUUCAUUUUUAAAGCACAAAAUCACAACAAAGGAAGAAUGGCAUAAACUCAUCCAGCUUCUUACUGAAUUCCAAAUGCGGAAUGUAGAUUUUUUAUAUAAUAAUCUUGAGUUUAUUCUGCCAUUACCAGUUGACACCAUUCCAGAAACGAAAAACCUUUGUGGCUCAGCAGUAACUGUGGAUACCAGUGGAGCAAGAAAAAAUAUGAAAUGCCUUGGUAGGAAACAUUCUGAAAGAGAACAGCCAUUGAAAAAGUCACAGAAAAAGAAACAAAAGAAAAAAUUGGUAACAUUAGACGAUAGUGACUUAUUUGACACUGACUUGGACUUUCCUGAUGAAUUUACUAGCCUGUCCCCUGUGUCAUCUUCCUCAAAUUCAGAAGAAAACAAAGCCAGAGACAAAGGAAGCAAUCCAGAGACAAAGAAAUCUAUUUCUUGUCCUCCCAGAACACCUGCAGGAAAGAAAAGUUCUCCCCUUGUUUCUCAUUGUUUAAAUUCUCUCUCUGAAUUCAUGGAUAAUAUGUCCUUCUUAGAUGCCCUUUUAACUGAUGUAAGGGAACAAAAGGAAUACGGUAGAAAUGACUUUAGCUGGACAAAUGGAAAGGUUAAAAGCGGACUUUGUGAUGAAUUUAGUCUUGAGAGUAAUGAUGGAUGGACUUCUCAAAGCUCUGGAGAAUUAAAGGCAGCUGCAGAAGCACUCAGCUUUACUAAAUGUUCUUCUACUAUUUCAAAAGCAUUGGAAACCUUGAAUUCUUGCAAGAAAUUGGGAAAAGAUCCAACCAACGAUCUUACUUUUUAUGUUUCACAAAAGCGCAAUAAUGUAUACUUUACUCAGUCAGCAGCUAACUUAGACAAUGCUUGGAAGAGGAUAGCAGUCAUUAAAAGUGUAUUUUCUAGUCGAUCUCUUCUCUAUGUGGGUAAUAGACAAGCUAGUAUAAUUGAAUACCUGCCAACCCUUCGAAACAUCUGUAAGACUGAGAAGCUAAAAGAACAAGGAAAAAGCAAAAGAAGAUUCCUGCACUAUUUUGAAGGAAUUCAUCUUGACAUUCCAAAAGAGACUGUGAAUACUUUGGCAGCUGACUUCCCUUAAUGUUCCAUACUAACAAUGCUUUGUAUAGAUUAUUAUGUGGUUCUUAAGAUACAUUUUUAUAUUAUGUGGAUCUUCAUGGAAAAGUUUAUUUCUCAAUGUACAUUUUAAACAAUUUGUAUAUUUUUUUAUUGGUGUGCAAAUAUUUAAAAUAUUUGAGUUACAAAUU